AUGGCGCACCAGCAGAGAACGGGAUCAUUCGACUUGAGCAGCAUGGCAAGCGCACUACCGCAAGUUCCGCAACCGCCUUUCCCGGUCCAACCCUAUAGUCAAAGCCAACCCAGAUACAAUGUGCCCACGAUGCAGUCCCCUGGAGUAGCCCCGAUUUCUGUCUCUUCGUUUGGGGCUCCAAACUCCAUGGGUCCCUACGCAGGCCAGCAGUAUUACGUCCCGCAACACGUGCAUAUGGCGCAGUUUUACCCAGCUCCCUUGACCUCCCAGCCACCUGCCGCUAUGCCUCCGAGAGCCGCUAUGGGUUACUAUCCAGCCUCAGUCCUCCCUAAUCAGUCGCCUCAUCUGGGAACCCAUUACUACUACCCGGCAGCAUCUCCGAUCCCCGGACAGCCUCCUCAUGUACAGGGACAAAUUGGGCCGGGGCAAUUCGUGCCACCGAAUUUACAUCAGCAUCCGGCGCCGAGAUCUAGGCAGUCACAGCCGAACAGUCAGGAUGCGAACCCGGUAGUUGUGCCGGCUGGCCAUCACGGGGAUGGCUCGGCCGAGAGUCGCCAGAAUGUCGUCCGGGGACCCCCGAGGAAGCCACGACAAAGCGGUCACGCCAUAUGGAUAGGGAAUCUCCCUCCACAGACAGAUUUAAUGACCCUGGUUCAGCAUGUUUGCAAGGAGGCGGACGGCUUGGAGUCGCUCUUUCUCAUCUCCAAAAGCAAUUGCGCCUUUGCCAACUUCAAAGACGAGCAGUCCUGCUCGGCGGCUCAGAAGAAAUUACAUGACUCCAAAUUCAUGACUGUCCGCUUAGUGAGCCGGUUACGAAAGAGCACUGUUGAGGGGCCGGCAGGUCUUACAGCUCCGACAGGGCCAGCGGCAUCGUCGCCACAGGCGGGAUCUACGCAGGAGCCGAGCAUCGCAGGAAGUGACGAGACAGGCGAGAAUGGAGUCACCGCGUCCACACCGGCUCCUAGCGCUCCUGAAACAAAGUCAGCAAGCACGCCGACCGACACCGGGCCGUUCCGGAAGGAUCGUUUCUUUAUCCUCAAAAGUCUAACAGUGGAAGAUCUCGAGUUGAGUGUGCGGACAAGUCUUUGGGCUACGCAGUCGCACAACGAGGAGACGCUGAAUUCGGCCUUCAAGACAUCGGAUAACGUGUACCUCGUAUUUUCGGCGAACAAAUCGGGCGAGUACUUUGGCUACGCGCGAAUGGCUUCACCCAUCAACGAGGAUCCCGCAGCGGCCAUCGAAUUCGCACCGACAGCACAGUUGGCGAGCGACGUUGACCUACCCAAGGCGAUACCUACCGAAGCGACGGAAUAUGCGCCCAAGGGCCGCAUCAUUGACGACUCAGCGCGUGGCACCAUCUUCUGGGAGGCAGACCGCAACGACAAGGGGACUGAUGGUGGACAGGAAGACGAGGGCUCCGGAGGGUCAGUGGGCGGGGACACGAGCAGCGUCCGGAGCGGCCAAGAUAGUGGGGGUGCAGGCGGCGGUGCCGGGGAGACCAGCAGGGCGUGGGGUAAGCCGUUCCGGCUGGAGUGGCUGUCGACGGCUCGGCUUCCGUUCUAUCGAACUCGGGGGUUGAGGAACCCCUGGAAUUCAAACAGGGAGGUGAAAAUUGCAAGGGAUGGGACGGAGCUCGAGCCGUCGGUGGGGCGCAGGCUGAUUGGGCUUUUCAACAGGGCAGCGCAAAGCCCGGCGUUGGGGAUGGUGGUUCCGGGCUUGGGGGCCCAACAAGGUUUCCCCGCGGGAAUCCGCGUCCCAAUCCCAAUGGCCGUCACGCCUGGCUUCCCUCCUCCUCCGGCUCAUAGCUGA